AUGCGUCUUUUGGCCGAGCUGCUUCAAAGCGUCAUUGUGGGCUUAACAGUCGUAAAAUGCACAAUUCUCGUUGGCCUUUUGAGAAUCGCCUCUUCACUUCCUUUCCUGAAGGAAAGACUCCAAGAGUUCGAGGAACAGCAUCUUCUAGUCCCUCACCAAAACUUCUGGGACGAUUACGGUGGGAAACAAAUGCUUGCAGCUGUUUUAAAAAUUUUUCUCGGGGAUUUAAAAAAGACCGCUGUACUCGGUUCGUCCGCCCCAAACUGCAAGUUAGUCACCACAGACGAAAAACCUUGUAAGCUACUGGAUUUCGCACGAGGAACUCGGCCGCUCAUUGUUAACUUUGGCAGUCGCAGCUGACCACCUUUCUUGAUUAAUUUCCUGAACAACUUCACCAACGUUGUUCAGGGAUUUCAAGAUGUGGCAGACUUUGUUAUUGUCUACAUCUGCGAAGCACAUCCUACAGAUGAAUGGCGGUGGAAUGUAAGUUUUGUUUGUUUGUUUGUUUGUUUCUUCAGUUUAUUAAGUAAGAAUUCUUUAACGCAGUUUCCGUAACGGCCUUUUUCAAGGAGUAAAACAAUGAUGGAAAUAUUUGCAUGAGAUAAUAAUGAAAAAUAAUUUCCCAAAGGAAAAUGGUUUAGCCCCCUUGCUUACCGUGGCCGCGUGGCCGCGUGGCCGCUGCGAAAACAUUCUAUAAUCUGUCCUUUGAAUGGUACUUAUAUUUAACACGUUAUUUUGCUUUAGUGGCCUUUAGUUCCCAAAUCUGUUCUUAAGCAUUAAAGACGCAAUUUCAGCAAGAAAAAAUCCUUAAAUCUUAAGGAUAAAUAUGGUUAACUGACACUUAAAAGUCGUGAAAUUCCAGUCCUUCACCUAUAAAUAAAAUUACAACGGAAAUAGAGAAGUUAUGAGAAGUACUAAGAACAGUGAAUUAUACCUUAAAAUAUACUUUAAUUCUGGAGGAUCCAUGACCAACUAUGGUCAUUGCUAAAUGAAUUUUAAAAAAGGGCAAUUCUUUGGUGUUUUCGUUUCUCUUUAGCCCUUGGGGGUCAAUGCGUCAUCUUUGGGAUCAUAUACGGCAAUCUCUUAGUUCUGCGGUUUCUCUGAUGUUCAUCCGCUGAUCAAGGAACUUGCCGAUUUUGAAUGCAAAAUUUGAUAAAAAAAUUUCUUUCACAUUAAUUUUCACGAAAAAAUUCUUUUAAUACCAUUAGAAUUGAAAUUACCUCUGAACGACAAAAUGAUCAAUUACAAACAAAAGAGACAGAUUAACUUCACUUCAAUUAAAGAAUCUCCGUACUGGCUGAACAACUUUCCGAAACACCAUCCGUGUUAUGUAUCCGUCUUAUCAGUCCUAUUUAUUUGCUUUCUUUUCUAAUUGUUUUCUUAUUUAUGUUUGGCUCAAUUUCUUUUGUUGCCUGUAUUUUUCGAUCAACUGACCAGCUGACCGCGGGAUUGGCUAAAUAGGCCAUUUUACAGUUAUGGGUGAAAGCGAGGGUGAGGGUGACCUUGUUUUGAUACAAACCUUCUUUGCUUUGUUAUGGAAAUUGUUCUUGAAAAAUACUAGUUAGCAUAAGAGUAACUUGAUUUACAUAAUAAAGCAGGAAGCUUUGUAUCAAAACAAGGUCACCCUCAGCCUCGCUUCCAUCCAUAACUGUAAAAUGGCCUAUUGUGUGGCAUUUGUGACAUUUCUACUAUUUUCAUAUAUUUUUCUUUCUGACCUUUUUUACAGAACAACGUUGAGAUCUUGCAGCACAGAACUUUACAAGAGCGUUGUCAGGCAGCUGAAAUGUUAAAAAAAACCAGUGGAUGCUCGACUCCAAUCUUGGUUGAUACUAUGGAUAACGAAGCCACUGAAGCGUAUGGUGCCUACCCGGAGAGACUCUUCAUUAUACAAGAUAGAAAAAUCGUGUACGAGGGAGGAACAGGGCCGUAUAACUAUAAGUUAUGGGAGGUAAAAAAAUGGCUAGAGGUGUAUAAAGCUAGUCAAUAGACCGGUGUGACACAGGCGAUGAAGAGUUGUUACCUUGCCCUCUGAACAGUGUACUGUACAAAACCGGGGUACAAAACAAGUUUCUAUGUAUCUGUCAAUUCUAUUAUAAGAAUUUUUUAACACUGACAUCGACAUUCACAUGGAAGGAGUAUUUAACUAUAUAUGAAAAGUAACGUACGUGCAGAGAUAUUUACUUUCAAUUUUCCUGAACCUGCAACGACAUUUAGCCUAAUGAAGUAAACUGACAGCUAAAACAUGAUAAACAAAAGAAAGAGCGAGCGGUCAAUUUCCAAAAUUCGUUCAAAAUAUGGCUGACGUGAUUAUCUUCAUUUUUAUAAACAGGAUAAAUAUUCAAAUGUUCGAGGUGUAUCCCAUACGUAGACAAAAAAAAUCUUUAUUUGUGGCAAUUUAUGACCACAGACAAUGCUCAUUAAAACGCUCCGACUAAGCCACUUCAAUCAGGGACACCCAACGAUAAUAUAGUUCAAUACCACUUAAACAUAGCAUUUUCAUCUGUUCGGAUUUCCCAGCUAAAAGUCUAGUGAUCCGAAAAUUAUAGAGAUCAAAACUUUUCUUUUUGAAAACUUCAGCCAGAAAAAAAGGCUCCCUGAAAAUUCUAGGUGACCUUUUCAGGGUAAGAAUCCCGUUAACAAUGGGCAAUUAUACCUUUUUGCUGUUUUUUUAGAUGUUCGAAAAUGCCAGGAGAGGCAGGCAAGCAAGAAAUUUUGCAACAAAUGUUCCGAAAAUUCUAGAUCUCAAAUCGUCUACCGAACAGGUAUUUUCCGAAAAUUGACGUUUGGUGCCCCUGUUCAUAAUUUUAUGACCCAGAGAAAGAUUUAUUCCAAUUCACUUCUCCCUGCGGCUUAUCAAAUGAAAUGUCAGUUGCUUUUCCUGAAAGCCUCCUUGACCUUUAACGUGGUGAUUUCUCCUGCUCAAGUUCUCUUCACAUAUUUUUUCCUGUCUAAAGAAGUUGGCAUAUCCUGAAUGACGGUUUGAGAAUAAAGCCCACUCGCGGGACUCUCAAGCCCGAGAAUGGACUGUCGACCGACUUGAGGGAGUGUGAACUGGAUUUACGAUGGUGAAGUCACAAGAAGGCUAAAAUUGUUUUCUUUUUAAUCAAUGAUAAUAUUUACCAGAACUGAAGAUCUGUCUAACUUAGGAUCAACUGUAAUUAAAAUAGCACGUAUGUUAUUGUUAGUUCCAAGCAUAUAUCACGUAUAUCAUGGACGUAUUUAGAAUCCAAAUAAAAUGAUACCUGAAAGAUUGUGCCGG